UUCAACCCGCGCGGGCGGCCACAGACGCGUGGCGCGAAAACUUUUCUUUUUUAAAAACAAAAAAUGUAUAAAAAGUUGCCAGUGCGUGGUCAAGGCGCAGUUGGCGCGAAAGGGUGCGAGUGUGCAAGUCGACUUUAAAAAGUUUUUAUUAAAAAGUUUAAUUGAAAAUAAAUAAAAAUAAAAAAUGGUUUCGACUGUGAUUGUUUUGUUAAGUUUGACAGGUUUAUCCGUCGCCAGAGAUUGGUCUCAUUAUGACGAAGACGCGUGGCCGGGCCAGUGCGGGGUGGGUAAGGAACAGUCCCCCAUCAACAUCGUACCCCAUGAGAGUCUUCCCGACCCUCACGAAGCACACAUCAGGGGCCCGCUGGUCUACCGGGGCUACGGCGAUGUUGAAGUGAGAGCGAGGAACACUGGGUACAAAGUUCGCUGGGCCGUGGAGCCGGGCACUCCCGCGCCGGUGCUGUCGGGCGGCCCGCUGCGCGACAACUACACCUUCGCCGAAGUUCACUUCCACUGGCUCUCGGAGCACGCCAUCAACGGGCUCAAGUACCCCAUGGAGAUCCACUUUGUGCACCUGAAGACCGGGCUCAACUUCGACCAGGCGCUGCAGCAGCGGGAUGGAGUCGCCGUCGUCGGAGUACUGGUCCAGGUGGGUCCCAUUGGAGAAACCAGUGUGCUGGAAGAACUGCUACCAGCAAUGGAUUACAUAGUUAAUCCAUCCAACGAAGACUCGCCCACUUUCAACGUAGACCUCACGAAGCUCUUCAGCCCCAACCCUCAAGCGUUCUACACCUACCACGGCUCGUUGACCACACCCCUAUGCCCUGAGGUGGUCACCUGGAUGGUCAUGGACCAGCCCACCACCGUCACCCACGACCACUACAAAAACCUGACCCGAGCUGACUUGGAAGGCAUCAACAACGACCGGCGGGUCCAGCCAUUGGGCACUCGCAUGGUCUACCGCUCCAAAGAAGUAGCCUCUUGCUCGCACAUGGCCUCACCGUCUCUGCUGGGACUGGCCGCUGCCAUCAUAGCCUGCUUCAGGUCUAAGAUGUCGACUACCCUUCUAGGAGCUAUGUGCAGCAUCGUCAAAACCAAAAGGAGGCUCUUGGGCAAUGUUGUUAAUAAAGUAACCUGCCACUAAAAUGGUUAUAGCACGUCAAAGUAGGUAUAGUGUAUACCAAACCGCUCCUUUAUGCUUCUGAUUAAUUAACAAGCGGGUUGCAAGAGUGAGCAAUCCUCUGGGACUAUUCAUAUGUAAGUGUUAACACGUUGACAGCUAAGCUACUCUCUCCUGAAUUUAUAGUAGUUUCAGUAGACCUAGAGAUGGGAUAAGAAGGCAUAUAGACCCAUUUAAAUACAUCAUUAUCAUGAGGAGGAAGCCUUUACUGCCAAACUGCUGAUGAAGGUAGGCAAAAUACCAGAAAGCAUUUUAUGGUACGAUUUUACUGUGUAUUUAUAAUUCUGUCGUAGACUUGUAGAGGACUAAAUAGUUUUUCUUAGAUAUAAUAAAUGAUUCUAAGCUUAAAAAGUUUAAAUCUUCAGUGAAAAUGGCAAUACAGGUCAUUAGUAUGUAUAGAGGCUAUUAAGAUCUUAUGAAUCACAAGAUUUGUUUAAAUCGAGUUACUCGAAGUUGAAAGAUUAGGGUUCCAAAAAUAUUGAACCAUUUUUUGAUCUCAUUGGCUGGUUGGCACGACAUGCCAGCACUUUAAAUAUGCAAUUGUAAAAGUUAUUUUGUGCCCAUAAACAAAUGUAAAAAACUUAUUGAACCUGCGUCUGUUUAAAAGUGAACACUUUGGCGAUUAACUGAAAUUUGUUUUAUUAACGAUUCGAUAUUGUUCUUGUUAAACUAAAUUUGGAGAAAUUUCUCAAUAGAAUAGAAUAAUUGUAGGUGUAUCUAAUUGAAUAAAUGUUUUUCCAGUGUCAAAUACAUUCCAUUUUCUGUAAUUAGUGAGUUAAAGUAUAAUUUUAAAAGCACCUAGGCAGCAUAGAAAAUAAUUAAUUUCAAACUUUCGCGUUGCAUAAUUGAAUUAAUUUAAACAGGUUUCGGUCAAUUAAUUCGGUAAACGAUCGCGUUAAAACCUGUUUCAAUUAAUUCAAGCAUAG